UCACAUCAGUGCGUUCAACCUAAAUAGCGCUAUGAAUCAACAUACUAAAAUGACAUUCGCAGUUAUUGCCAUAUUCAGUUUUCAAUGCGGGAUAAGCUUCGCAGGGGGAGUAUAUUAUCCUGAAUUGCGAAAGGACCUUGAAACGUAUCACGAUCCCCACAGGAUCUUCGGCCGGCGUCAUCGCAAAAGUUCUUCUAUCCUGAACUACGAAGCGACCUUCAGGGAUAUCAAGAUUUCAGCAGAUGCUACCCCGAUGUCGGAAAAUGGUACCUCAUGCACAGAAACUACUAUUCAGACCCAAAUUUUGGCGGAGCGGCAAAGUGCGUGACCUUCGAGAGAUAUGGAUCUUAUGAAAACUUUUCAACGCCGGCUGUCUACUCUUUCGGAGGACAAGGCUCGACAAAAGGCCAAGUCACUUUCGACCCCGCCCCCUGCUACACGUCUCGAAAUAAAGCAAACUUCGAACCGUUCGACGACAGUUCACCCCAAGAAACCUUUUAUCUCAUCUACAUAGAAUGUCAAAAGUGCACCAUAAUGCGACAUCCCUACGCUGAGAACGGGUACGGUUGCACCUACUGGCGUCGCGAAGACACCAUGAACGAACCGGCAGACUGCUGCGACUUCAUCUACGACGAAAACUGCGGCACAACACCCAAGUACCAGAUAUACGAUGCAUCCUGCGGAUCUAACGUUUAGUCGAGCUAGUGCUAUUAAGUCAUCGUUGCGGUUGUGGAGUAUUUCCUUAAACUCAUAAGCUGUAAUCGACUGUCAAUGAAAGUGUGAAAGUUCAAGGUGCUGGAGGUAUUAUACCAAGAAGGUUAAAGGGACCAUGACACGCAAUUUUCGUGAUAACCUGUGUUAUGUGUAUUAAACCUUUUGUGUUCGCAAACAAGCUGGCGAAAUUUUAGCGCAUUUGGUCGAGAAUUUCAUUUACAAUUAAAUAUUUCAUAAACAGGCGAACAGCGUGAAAGUCGGGCAACACUGGCACGCUCGCGAGCCGUGGCAUAACAAGCUGCUUGCUGUGCGAACGUCUGCAUUUCGGCGAACGAUCUUGUUCCGCGGUCAGCUGCGCGUGCAAUGGAGCCAUUUCGGUUUUCUUCAGCUUGGCAUUGAAAUUAAGGAUUUGCAGCGGAUGGAACUUUAGUAGAAGAUGACUGAUCUCCUCCAUGCAGCACGCACGCCAUGGCAAAAUGGCGGUCGCCGGCGGUGGGCGUGGUUUAUAGCCGGUGACUUCUAGGACUUAUUUUAUACUAAAAUGUUCUUCUACAGUGUAUUUUUUAUAUAUGUAUACGUACAAUAGACCCUCUACUUCAACUUCUCGCUGAAAACCGCGAAUUUUUUUGUGGCCGGGUCAUGGGAUGGCGCUUAACGCAUAUCCUUUUGACGUCUUAUGGUCCUAGAGUAUUUGUGGAGGUUCCUUUAGAAGUAAUCCUUUGCUUGCCGUAUAUAUCUCAGAUUUACCUCUGACGUUUUCUUACUUUCCUAUUUUCUAACUUUCCUUUCAAGUUAAUUACCUAUUAAUAUCGUUAAAGUGGCAUGCGCUCGACGCCAACCUCGUAGAGCAGAUAUAAUUGUCUAAUAUUCACCAAUAUAGCUUUACGUGCGUCCCAUUUUCAUUAUUUGUUUCCACUUUUGUUUGCACAUCUAGUAAUAGUAUCUCUAAAGAUGUUAUGGACAUUAACGUUGUGUCGAUAACUCACUUCUUAUCCUGAACUUUUUCCUGAU